UCCACGCACCUCCUUCUCAACCGGAUGAUUGGUCGAGCGCUGAAUCUGGGCAGGACAGGAAACUGGACGCGAGGAACGCGUAACAAUCUCCGUUCUCCGGGAGAGAGAGAGAAUGGGAGAGGACACCGAAAUGUGUCAGUAGAAGACUGGAAGGAUUGAAACAGUUUGCCUUUUUAGUACACAUACCGCGCUGUUCAGCACCAGAGCCGUGGGAUAUUCACCUUCAACAUCCUUAUAUAUAAUUAUCGGCUGUUUUCUUACAAUAAAAGAACUGCAGAGCUCUUCGCCGCUGGGCACAAGUUACCUCUAUUUGUACAUUUUGAACUGACUGAAACAGAAAAAACACACUAUACCAAAGCAGAUAUGGAGCAGGUAUCAGACGAUGAUUUGGACCAUGCUGCUGAAGAAGACAGUGAUAAGGAGGACCAGGAUCUGGACCAGAUGUUUGGCGCCUGGUUGGGAGAACUGGACAAACUCACACAGAGUUUGGAUGAUGGGCGUCCUGAGAAAAUGCAGAAAGCUCCACUCAGACAGGAAACAAACCUUGCCAACUUCUCCUACCGUUUCUCUAUGUACAACAUCAACGAAGCCAUUAACCAAGGUGAGACAGUAGACCUGGACGCCCUCAUGGCUGACCUGUGUUCAAUAGAACAAGAGCUCAGCACUAUCGGCAAACCCAUGAGCAAGACCUCAGAUGGCAAAUCUAGACAAAGACCCACAGGCCGCUCGGCCAGCACCAAACACACCGGAGGGGGCAGCAGCGGAGGAAGCACCAGCAGCAGCACCAGAGCUUCUCCUGCUUCCACCGUACGCGGUGGCAGCAGCCAGUCACGGCCCCUGGCCUCCAACAUCUCCCUGGAUGACAUCACCGCUCAGCUAGAAAGGGCAUCCCUGAGCAUGGACGAGGCAGCGAGGCAGACUUCUGAAUCUUCCUCGUCAUCCUCCUCCUCAUAUUCAUCUGCAACUCUGUCUCACCCGCCUUCUCACACACAUCAUCGCCGCACAGGAUCAGCUGGUACGGUCAGUGACCAGGAAGUGCGCUCGAUCGGUCAUUCGUCCAGGUCAAGCAUCAAUUCUGCCUCGGCAUCCAGCAUGGACUCACUGGACAUUCGAGGGCAGGAGAAUGAGGUGCAGUCACAGAAUCAGAACCAAAGCCAGAGUAGCACAGAGCAUGUCUCACUGCGAAAGGCCAAUGGUAAAGCUACCAGACGGCAUCUUGACUUCACUUCACCAGAGGGGGAGGUGGAUCAAAGUACUCACUCGUAUCUGGACAGGGAGACCUCUCUGAUUCUGAAAAACAUUGCAGGAAAACCCUCUCACCUGCUGACCAAGGAGGAGCAGGCUGCCAAAACGAAAGCUGAGAAAAUCCGUGUGGCUCUAGAGAAAAUUAAAGAAGCCCAGGUUAAAAAGCUGGUGAUACGUGUACACAUGUCAGAUGAGAGCUCAAAGACCAUGAUGGUGGAUGAGAGGCAGACGGUCAGGCAGGUGCUGGACAGUCUGCUGGAUAAAUCUCACUGCGGUUUCAGUCCGGACUGGGCUCUGGUUGAGACCAUCCCUGAGCUACAGAUGGAGAGAAUUUUUGAAGACCAUGAGAACCUGGUGGAGAACUUGCUCAACUGGACCAGAGACAGUCAAAACAAACUCAUGUUCAUUGAACGGAUUGAAAAGUAUGCACUUUUCAAAAAUCCCCAGAACUAUUUACUUGGGAGGAAGGAGACCUCUGAGAUGGCAGACAGAAACAAGGAGGCACUGCUGGAGGAAUGUUUUUGUGGAAGCUCAGUGUCUGUUCCUGAAAUCGAGGGAGUGUUGUGGUUGAAGGAGGAUGGCAAAAAGUCUUGGAAGAAGCGCUACUUUCUUCUGAGGGCAUCUGGCAUCUAUUUUGUGCCGAAGGGCAAAGCCAAGGCUUCAAGGGAUUUGGUGUGCUUCCUGCAGUUGGACCAUGUUAAUGUUUAUUAUGGUCAGGACUACCGGAGCAAGUACAAGGCCCCCACUGACUACUGCCUGGCCCUCAAGCACCCUCAGAUCCAGAAGAAGUCACAGUAUAUCAAAUACUUGUGCUGUGAUGAUGUCCGAACUCUACACCAAUGGGUCAAUGGCAUUCGUAUUGCUAAGUAUGGGAAGCAAUUAUAUGUGAACUAUCAGGAAGCCAUGAAGCGCACAGAGGCUGCCUAUGACUGGUCUUCUCUCUCCAGCACCAGCAUCAAGUCAGGAACAAGCUCAGUCAGUAUACCUGAGUCACAGUCACACUCUAGCCAGGCAGACAGUGGUAUGUCAGAUGGUACUUCAUCCUCCCAUGCCCGCUCCCAGAGUGUAGUCAGUUCAAUCUUCUCUGAGGCCUGGAAGAGAGGGACUCAAAUAGAGGAGAGCACAAGGGCAAGGCCAGAAUCUAUCCGUUCUACCCAUUCAAGCCAUAGCAGCCAUUCUUCUCAUCAUGUGCCUCAACAGCAACAUUCACACCCACAGCAACAGUCACAUCCAUAUUCAAUUCCACAAUCACAUGGAAGUGUUACCCAGGCACCGACACAGGCACCGAUACAGGCACAAGUAACACCCCAAGCAACUCCAGCCCCACAACCACCUCCUCCACCACCUCCUCCACCCCCUCCUCCUCCUAUUUCCAAUAUCCCCCACCAUGCCACACCUACAAUGUUUGCCAAAUACAGCACUAUCACUCGGCUGCAGAAUGCCACUCAGGCCACAAUUCACCACAAGCCUCAGCCUCAAGUCCAGCAACAAGUGCCACCUGUCCCACUGGCCUCCAAACCACAAUCAAACAAUAUUCCACCAGGGGCUAACAUCCCACCCCCUCCUCCUCCACCUCCUCCUGCCCCAAUGCCCUUGCCUGGAUCAGCCAUGGCUGUUUUGAAACUUGGUCCUCCAGCCCCAGCAACAGUUCUUCAGUCCUCCCCUCCUCCUUCCCCCUCACCUCCACCUCCACCACCUCCUCCUCCCAUAAUGCCCAUACAGUCACAGCCUCUACCACCUCCACCUCCCAUAAUGUCAAUGCAGUCACAGCCUUUACCACCUCCUCCUCCCAUAAUGCCUGUGCAGUCACAGCCUUUACCAUCUCCUCCACCCAUAGUGCCAAUCCAGUCACAACCCCUGCCACCUUCUCCACCCAUAGUGCCAAUCCAGUCGCAGCCUUUCCCACCUCCUCCACCCCCUCUUCAGGCUAAUGGUCUUCCACCUCCUCCACCAUCCUUUACAGUACAUGCAACUUUCAUAUCCAAUGGACACAAGCAGGUCCUUACCCACAAAUUUCCCAAUGUACCCCAGGAUGUAAUACAACCAGCCAAUCAGAUCCAUUUUCCUCCCCCUCCACCCCCUCCACCACCGCCACCAUCAGCACCUACACUCCCUCCUCAACACCAUACAGCUCCAAAUCCACCACCACCGCCUCCUCCACCACCUCCAUCAGCUCCCAUGCAGCUGCCAAUUCAUCCUGCAGUUUUGCCUAAAACUUUCACUGGUGGAUUUCCACCCCAGACAGCACCAAAACCUUCGUACGGCAUUCUUCCAGUAUCCCCAGUAGCUCCAUCACCUCAAACUCCAGCACCACCACCUCCCCCACCCCCACCCCCUCCUCCGCCUCCUCAAGCACCAUUGAAGAACCAAGCCCCACCUACAUUACCCAAGCAACACAGCAUCUCCAAGACACUACCCUUCUCCAGCCAAACCUCAUCAAUGCCAUCUCUGGUUAAGCAGCUUGCUAGCCAGUUUCCUGUUGCAUCUCCUGCAAUGACCAAUCAAACUGAGUCACAAAGUCACAAAGCUCCCCAAUCCCCACCUGCAGUGAAGGUUAAACCAAAAUGGCAGCCUGUAGGUCAAGGCCAGCAGCAACAUAGGUCACCUGAAUUUCCACCGCCUCCUCCAGAGAGUACCCUUGCCUUUCCUUCACCUCCAACUCCGCCGCCACCACCACCACCACCACCUCCUCCUCCUCCUCCUCCUCCUCCUAUGUCAGCCUCCCCUAUCAUGAAAUCCCCCUCUGGCUCAUCUGCAGGGGUCAAGAAACCUCCACCGACUCCUCAGCGCAACUCCAGUGUGAAGUACAAUGCCUCUGUGGAGUACCAGGAGUCCCGCAGGAACUUGGUGAGCAAGUUUAGCCCUAGUUCUGCUUCAUCAUCGACAACAACCUCUAGUAGCUCAUCCUCCAAGGAGCUUUCUACAGGUCCUCGUGCACCCCCCAAACCAGGGAAGCUCAAUAUGGCAAAUCUUCCUUUGGCUUUGCAGAACAAAUUGAAUCAGAAACGGGAAUCGACUGCAGACUUCCCAUCCCCUCCACCCCCAGAAAAUGACAUCUUUCCCCCUCCCCCACUGGAGUCUGACCUUCCUCCACCACCACCCCUUCCAGGUGAUCCAAAUGGUUUGUCUCCGAAGGUGGCUGUGGUCAAUCCUCAGCCCCAGCCUACUUGGGGCAAGAGUUCCCUGAAGAAGACGCAACCUCCAGCAUCAAUUCGCUGUAAAAAUACUAUUAGAGAGUCUCCAACACUCUCACCACCUUCCAUACAAGGGGGCCCUAUUCCCCCUUCUUCUCCCAAAGGCACCACACGGCCAAACUUCUUGGAGGACCUUAACAAGACACUGAAACGCAAGUCCUCGCGAGUCUCUGGAGACAAAUUGGACCCUGUGGCCACAAUGGAUGACAUGGCUUUGCCACCACCUCCACCUGAGCUUCUGCAUGAUCAACUGAGACACAGUGAUAGUGGCUUCAUGUCCGGGAAUAUCUCAGGCUAUGCAACGCUACGGCGAGGGCCGCCUCCUGCCCCACCUAAGCGGGACCACAGCACCAAACUCACAAACUAGAAAACUGAAACUUUUCCUGGACUCUCUUGCUUGCUAUUUUUAUGUCUGUGUCAUAGACUUGUAGAGGAGAAAGCCAUCAUUUUGUUGAUAUGCUUGGCUUUUUCUGUACAAAACAGCUCAAGAAGUUUCGGCUUUACUGUGACUUUGUGACAGUGCAACAGUUCCAGUUCCAAACAACUGAGUGAUUCCACUUCAACACCUUGGUACUGCAUGAAAGACAAAACUACAUUAAACUAUUAAUCUUAUUGUUUUUUGGGAAGACAAACAUUUUGAACUCUGGGGUUGAGUGGGAUUUUUAAUUUAGAUUUUAUAUUGUUUAUAUAUUAUUGGUUAUUUAAUAAUCUGAAGAGAUUUUGUUAUUUCAGACUGAAGUUUUUUAAAUGGUUGGAUGGUUAUUGUUGUUUGAGGAGUUUUAGAUGGCUUAGUUGAUUUAGACAGUGUGUUUGGUUGGUAUAUUAGUUUGGCACAACUUUAACCAUUUUUGUGGCAGAUCCAGUGCUCAGUGGAGGCAUCUAGAAUGUUUCUUGAUCACUAUUGUUCUUUGAGCUUCUUUAAAUGCGUUUUAGUUGUUAUUGUCAAAACUGUAACAUGAAGGACUUGUUGUUCAGGGAGUUGACUCAGUGUCUAGUUCUGUGAGACUGUGGAAUGUUUGCUUUUUUAUUAGACCUGUUUAAAUUGUAGAUAUUCUCAUUUGCAGCAGUAUCUUUGUUUAGGUAAAACAAAUUACUGCCUUGCUGUUCCAUGUUGGUCCUUACUUCCACUGGUGAACAUUCAUGCUGACUUUUACAAAUUGUUCACCUAUGGAGAGAUAGGCUUUUAAGCCAUGUGACUGAAUGACACAAUCAUUAUUCACAUAGAUUUAUCUUAUAUCCUGUAUAACAACCUGUAGUAUUGGUUCAUGAAUACAGCCAUGCCUUAAGAUUCUAGAUAAUGCGUAUCAAAUAACCGAUAAAAAAUAUGAUCAUCUUACAAAAAAAGACCAUUAGGAAGUAAAAUUUCCCUGUAGGUUUUACUUUUUAAAGGAUUCUGACAUAUUUUUCUCAUUUAUACAUGACAUGCAACUUCAUAAUCUUACAGUGAGCACCUAUAAUGGCUCUAUAAGAGCUACUUUGUAUUAGUACAAACAAGUAUGCAUAUUAUCUCAUGUCCACAUUUGAUUUUGAAGAAUUUGUUUAUUGAAUGUAUUUACAAUAUCAUGAAACUUUUCAGGCUGUUGAGAAGUGACUAACAGAAGUUAAUAUUUAAAUUAUUGAAGUAUCCAGUCAUGAUCCAUCGAAGGUCUAUGAACAUCAUGCUCUGCAUAUCUCUCUGCAAAAUGUGUAAUUUAAAAUGAAAUUAUAUAUGUUAAUAUCA